CUGUCAUGGAUGUGAACCUAAGCGGGCUGAUCUCGAGAAUAAACCCAAGGAUUUAGAGUGGAUUACUAUGAAAUAAUGUACCACCGCUGUCUAUGGACCAACUCACAACUCUGCAUCAUCGUUUUGAACGAGACGCACCUUUGACAGUAUGGCUUGCACUGUGCCAGUGACAAGGAGCAACCAUGUAUGGACCACUGUAUCCUAGUGCCAAGUGGUCAGGCUGUGCCGCAGCUUACCUAGCCAAAGCGCAUGGCCGAAGGUGGAGCCGAGCUGACCUCACAGGCACCCUAUGUACUGGCAGAGUACCAGUCGCUUGAUGGCAUCCUUGCUCCUAUCAGAAACCUCACGAGGGUCAAGUAUGCCUGCUUUGAUGCUUCCAAACGGUACCUUGCCUUUGGGGCUACGACUGGAGAUGUGUUCAUGUUCCACCGAGACACCACUGCAUACAUCACUACAAUCACAAACAAGGAGGGUGCAGUGUCACAGGUUGCCCUGGCACCGGAUGACUUCGUCCUUGGCAUCGCCACUAGUCGUGGGCAUGUUGUCGUCCUGGAGCACAAUGCUAGGAGACCCACCGUGCAAGCACAAAGGCUACAGCUGUCUUUCGAGCACAAGGGAAGCGUGGUCACAUGUCUGGAGUGGAACAGUGCGGGAACUCGACUCUUUGUCGCCGACAAUACUGGAAAGGUCUCCGUCCUCAACGUGUCUACGUCGAAAGGCAAGAGUCUGUUCCAGUCGCCACCGAGCACCCUGAUGCGCCUAGACUCAAAAGUUGUGCAACUGAACUUUGCGCAAGAUCGGCUGCUUGCUUCAACACUGACAAGAUGUUAUCUUGGUGAUACAAUCAGGGAAAAGUUCACCCAAGUUGGUAAGAAACUGAGGGAUGGAGAGUUUGGUGGCUGCUUCUACCCCGGCAGCAAGCCGCUGGAUUCUAUGUGCAUUUACGCAGCCCGUCCAGGGUCAAGGAUAUGGCAGGCUGAUCUCAAGGGCAGCGUGCUCAAAACUCACCAAUUCAAGGAAGCUCUUGCCAUCAAUUCUGUCAAGCUAGUUACGUAUAGGUCCGAUACCAGUACUCUUGGAAGCGCUGCAUCCCCUCCUGCCUCAACAACAGCAUUUACAAAACUACUGUCUAUAUGGGCAAGCAAUUAUAGUUCGCCAUUUCUAAUAUCGUGGAGUUCCAAUGGCCUUUAUGUAAUCAAUCCACAAGAAGGAGAAAUAGUCCUAUGGAAUGAUGAGCUGAAAGAUGUGAAGGAUUUGAGGUGCGUUCGCAACAACAUUUACAUCCAGUUACACAAUGGUGAAUUUUGUACCUGUUCCCUUCUGACGCCAGUGCAGGCCGUCUUGUGCUUCUUGCAACACAGUCAUGCAACGCUGUGUGGUCAGUUUCUGUGUCAAAACCAGCUCCUCAUUCCCAAGCCCGCCUUUGAAAAGACCGUGCCGAGUGAACUGUGCUUCGAUCUCCACGACAAACUGCAAGAGGCUGGUCAGAUCUCAUUGGCUGCAUCUGUCGCAAAGAUUCUCCUGGACAACUAUGACGUCGACAUCACUAAGAAGCCAGCCAAGCCGAAGGCCAAUCUCACGAAGGAAGACAGUUUAGACUCAUCGUCAUCUAACCCCGCGCACGUCUCUGUCGAGCGUGCACCAGCGAAGCGGCGUAGCAGGGAAGCCCAGAAAUCCAGAGACGAAUGGGGCAUCUCGUCUCCUCGUCAUGUCCGCUGUCACUCGUCAGAGCCCAUCAAGACGCACGUGGUGUACAGCCCGAGACCAGCGCGAAAGACGGUAAGGCGCGGGAGCGACCCUGCACCACCGAGCACAAUAGAAAAGACUUUUCCAGCAGAGAGCUCUUUGAAAGUGAAGCCAACCAAAGCAUGUAGUCCAACGCCGGCUCGGAGAAGCAUUGGCCCGUCUAGCACUCAGAGAGAGAGGAGUCUGAGCCUGGACGCACCUCGGCAGGGAGCACACGAAUCUCAGCCACCACGAACACUCUCAGAGAGGCCACGGCAGCUACCGACCGCAGCCAAGAGCCCCGCGCUCGUUGGCCUCAGUGUCGGAAGCCGAGAUCAAAACAAGGUACCAACAAAAGUCAACAGCGGCAGCAGCUCGGGCAGGGAGACCCCUGAGGACGCAGAAGUGUCACCGACCCCAGGGUGCUCUGAGGUUGAGCGGGGCAACAACAAAAAAGCUUACGGGAGUGCUCUGCGCAUUCUUCCAGCCAUUCCUGCAUCGCCUCUGGAUUCGCCCAUGAGUCCGUUAGACAGGGUUGACCCAGAGGUGCUGGCCAGCAUGUAUGCAGAACAAGAUGUGGGCUAUGAAAGCGUCUACCAGUACCUCAGCUUGGGCGUCUAUGGUUCGAGCCUUGUACCGGCUGCCUUCACAAUGCGGGGAGCUGACCUUGCUCAGCUGGCUAAUGUUGCUGACCUUACGAAGCUUCGAGAUACUCUUUCAUCAAGGAUAUCCAAUGGGAAGGACACCAUACUGAAGAAUCUCCGUGGCCUUGAAAGCAAGUUGAAGUACUUCUCAGUGGACCAGGUGGCAGAUGUGGGUCUCACAUCUCCAUUGUCUGUGGUACCAGAGUGCACUCCAGCUGAUCCUAACUUAAAGCCUGGAGAAAAAUUCAGCAAGCACCUGACUCCGAAGGAUGAGUUUUGGUCUUUUCUUCCCAGUGUGAACAGUAGCUUCAUAGAAGCAACCUUGCGGGCAAGUGCAAGUGCAAAUGACCCCAGCAUAUUCUACCAUGGUCCCAGCCUUGUCAUAGUUCUUGAAGAAUGGCUCGAAGCUUUACAUUCCACUCAGAUUUCCAUAGUCAACCAGAUAGCAUCCACGGAGACUGCGAAACUUCCUGCCGUUAUAAGCCACUGUGAUAGUGUACAGAAGUCUCCCGAUGAAACAUUCUCUUCUCCCAGCUCCCAUUGCGGCACCAAAAUCAGCGAGCAACUGAACCUUAUAAAAUCCAUCUUCACGAGCGAUCCGUUUCGUCUCCCCUCUGAAGUGGCUGAGAAAGCCAAGGAGCUGGCAAUGCUGUGCUUUCAGACCCGAACCCUCGGCACCGUGGAGAGAGUCGCCGCAAAGGUGUCCGAACUCGAAGGUCGCGAGAAGCUCGCAUCGUCAAUGUACAACGGCAGCUCCGCGGCCACAGAUGUGAAGCUGUCCAAACACGGUAGCACAAAUUCGCUUUGCAGCGAGGACGCUUCAACGCACUGUGACCUCAGUCUCUCUAUGCGGUCCUCGGCAUCCGAGAAGUACGGGUUCCACCUCUCUGACAUGCCGACCGUUGACUCGUGCAGCGAAUCGGCCAUGUUCCAGAGCAUGUCAUCGUCUUGCGGAGGUCUCUCAAUCAACCUGGACUUCCGGCCUGAGGAAUCGGUGCAGCAGCCCAGUGCGCUCUCUGUGAGAAAGACGUCCCUCAGUCAGUGCAGGCAAGAGACGAACGGUGACAGAGCUGAGGGUGCAAAUCAGCAGCGAGGUUCCGAAGAACUUGCCACUGUUCCAAGCGCUUCUCCAAGUCAUUCUCCCCUUACAGAGAAUGAGAGUGUUGGAGCGCAUAAAGCCAUAGCAGUGCCAACAGAGGGCUCUAGUGUUCUUAAAGACGAGUGUUUGAAUGCUGUCAGUAUGAAUGGUUUUGCAUCGCACCAAGGAGCGAAUUCAUGUGAGAGUGUUGCAGGUGAGGGUUUCACAGGCCAAAGAAACUUGUCAGUUUACAGUGAUCUGUCGCCUAGUCAGGGUUCCCAAAGUGAAGCUACAUCAGUGUCCUGGAUGCCAAUGAUUCCACAGAGUAAGGAGAAGGCAGAGUUGUUCAGAAACCACGUGAACGAUGCCAAAACUGCACUCUUCAUCCGGUAUUACUUUCAUCUCCUCGAUCUUGAAGUUUUGUGGGAUGUUGUGCAACUGACAGAGAGUCCGUGUUUUGAGACGUGGAGCACAGUGGUGUUGGGUGUGCUUCAAGAGUUGAAGGGUCGACAUCGGAACGAGGGUGGUCCUGAACAUCUAGUCAUCAUUGCACAGCAGAUGCAAAACAUGGCCGGUCGGCCGUGGCUGCUCCUUGCCUACUUUAUGCUAUUGCACGAAGUGGCGCAGGACAAAGCAGCGGACGCCUUCGCCAAGAAAGCCAGCAGUCUGUCGGCAAGAGACAUCCUUUACUUUACUCAGCUGUGCAAGGUGGAAUCCCUUUUUCUCGGAGCCAUGCAGGGUGCUCUAAGCUGCUUCACCUUGCCGCAGAUGCUCUCAUCACUGCGCAAGUACCUUGAAAAUGAGGAAGUUCGAUGGGAGUGGGUGACACAGUGCUUGCAAUCUGUAAAUAACGAGUGCCUCAAGUGUUCCUGCGGAGCUCCGAGCUACAACUCGCACAAAAGUAAUUGGCCUAUGUAUGAGCACUUAAAAGCUGUUUUGUGCAACAAGGACUGGAUCUCCCAGAAGAGCUUGGAGCUUUGUCGGACAUACGCGUUUUGGCCUGGCUAUCUCUGUGCACUGAAACACUUGGGCCAUCGGACAGAGCAUCUUGUGAAUGUGAUACAGUUGGGAGAUGCUGAGCUGCUUAUGCCGGACAAUUUUCUAGGGUUCGUGCCGGAGUCCCCCCAGGAAUGGAAAUUGGCGAUGGAGCUGGUUGGGCGCCACCGCACUGAGAGGGUCGUCGUCACGUGCCUGUCGUGUGGAAAGCCACAGAAGUCAACAGACACCCAGACACCGCUGACAUUGCAAAGUGUGGCACAGCGUAUGCUGGUAUCUCUGGGAUUUGAGCAGGCAGCAGCCGUACUGCACGAGCUGAAUCUGCCGCGCAACUCCUUGGGCCAAGGAUUCUACCUCGCCAGUGUGCUUCUAACGCUUAUCGAACAGCAACAAGCUGCCCUAAGCCACCGCAUGUUGUCUCGCCUGGAGAGCUAUGUCUGGUCUCGGAGACCCGUCACGCUGCCGCCUCAGGUUGCGGAUGUCCUCGACAGGGAGAAACAGGGUCUGGCCGGCCAUGACGACCUGACGGACGUGCAGCUGCAAGGAUCAUUUGUGGAGGAGCCUGAAAGCCACUGGGGGGGCAACAUUCCUCUUCUCUCAAAUUGUCUUCUCUGCGGCCUGCCUCUGGGAACGGCUGUUGAUGCACAUGCCGUCGUUAUGUGCCACUGUGGUCACUGCUUCCAUGAGAGCUGUCUUCCUAGUCCAGGAGACUUUUGCGUAAUCUGCAGCGAGGAGGAAAUCUGGAAGCGGUGAUAGCAUUUGUGAUGUUACGGCACGUUUGAGCCAACGAAUGGCUGCCCGCCGUGCGGCCAAAGCAACAGCGCCUUUAACUCCUGCCAAGAUGCUCCUAAGCGGAAGGAAGUGUUUGUCGUCCGAUUUUUGUUUCUUUUUCUUGCUCGCUGUGUAUGUGGUUGCGUCAAGACAACGGCAAUAGCGGUACCUGGUGCCAUGUUGUGUGCUAGCCCAUGGAUGUAUGCUGUGUUGUCCUCAGGCUGAAGUCUGCAACGUUGCGGCAUCAUUGGCAUUUUUUAUGAACGUUACCUGUUAGCCAGUUCAAACCUCUCAGUAGUUAGAGACUUAUCCCCCCUCUGUAAAGGCCUAGACAAUGUUUGCUUUACAGCCUGUUGGCAGAUACGUAGACCAUUUGGGCAAUACUAGUACACGCGCUUGUGUACAAGUGGUGGCCACGUGGAAUACUGUUUCCGACAGUUUCCGAUAAACCGGGGAAUGUCAAACGUCCGCAUUGGCCAGUGCAGACUUAUGCAUCUGGCUAAAAAUUACGCCGUACUAUUUUUCGUGGUGUGUCGUUCUUGCUGAAAUCACUGGCAAAGGAUGUUGUCUCAAAACUGCAUCGCUUGGCAGCCAUGCAAGAAUCACACUUCAGCUGCUGUCUAAGCCUGGACAGUUUGGUAUAAAGACACGUGUGACAAAAUUACGUCUAAAACGCACAUUUCAUGUAGUUGCCAUUUUUAUGUCUGACUCCCAUUUUCCCCUGAGAACUGCUUAUUUUUCAUCAUGGCAUUAAAGUAAGCCAAGUUUGAUCUCUUGGAGACAGUAUUGAGACUCUAACCAUAAUGUUUUGGGGGUGCUAUUUUAUUGUAAUUUUCUUGCAACUGUUGUCCUGGGGCUCAAGAAGAGAUGGUGGUAACAAUUUAGUUCCUUUAAGUUAUUUUUAAUUGAGAGUAUAUUUUUAUCUGCAUAUAUCAUAUCUACACUCUGUUGAGUGUGUUGAACUGGUUCCUGUCGGCGAAUGGACCUGACUUACGAAUUUUGCUGGUUCAAGGCGAUGAACUUUAGCUCGCAAAUGUGAGCAAAACUUUUCCUAUUCCUAUCAUAUUUUAUGCUGUAUUAUUACACACAUUUAAUGACUCUGCUGCUACAGAUACUCUCUGUCAUACUUUUAAUAGUUUUAUGUUUGUUGCAUAUCAUUUUGUGAUCAUCAAAUGUGAACUUCAAUUGUAUGAACUGUGUUCUUGACACAGUCGAGCAUCACAAUGAAAACUGUUUGCUGUAAAUUUGGUAUUUGCAAAUAAUUAAGACAUGAAUUAUUUAAAACUGGUCUGCGAUGAGGCCCCGGCAAAAAUCAAUCUGUCGAGCUGGUGUGCAACUGUUAUAAAAUGAGAAAACCAUUUUUGCUGUGAAUUGUGGACAACAUUACAAGCUGGCAGUUUUGUGACCUGUUGCUGAAGUGUAAAGGCUGUUACUGUCAUUACCGUAAGGUCCUGUGCUGUGCUUGUUAACAAAUUUUACUGGCUUCUGAAAAAGACUACAACAAAGCGGCUUGCUGGUCAUCUCAUUUUGUUGACUAUUUUUUCAGCUGUUGUAGUACAUUGGAACUGUGCUGUCAUUUUGCCAAUAAAAUAUAGGUUGUUGAAUCCUUCUGCCAACAAGAA